UCUUAUAAAAGGAAAUUUAUUUAUACUCUGUAGAUUUGGGGUCUUAUUCCAUUGAUCAAUUUACACGAUUGUUUAAUUCACAUAGACAUUCAGCCGGCCCUUGGUUGUGGGAAACUAGUUAAAAGAAGAGAAGAGUAUGAGAGAGUACAAUCUACAGAGGUUGAAGAAGUAUUUCUCUGACGGCUCGAGGCUUUAUUAUCGCUGCAACCACAUGAUGUGGCGGCCAUCCAUGCAGUCACCUGCAAGAUCCUCCGGCAUCUUCCUCUGUUGCCUCCUCCUCAUUGUCGGCGCAUUUGUCUCCACGAACCUGCUCGACACAAGUUCACAGGGUUCAGCUGGCAAGUUAGCACCCCAACCGAUACUAACUACUAAAACAUCCCACAUAUACCCUCACAGAAAUCCACAAUUCUCGAAAACGCCCUCACACCCAAUUGAGAUUCCACUCGACUGUACAGCCUACAACCUCACACGGACCUGCCCUUCAAACUACCCAACCUCCUUCCAUCCAGAAGAAGAUCCUGACCGUCCAUCACCCCCCACUUGUCCAGAGUACUUCCGUUGGAUCUACGAAGAUCUUCGUCCCUGGGCCCACACAGGGAUCACGAGGGACAUGGUGGAGGGCCUCAGAGGGAAGUACAAUUUUAGAUUAGUCAUAGUCAACGGCAGGGCUUACGUGGAGAAAUAUCAUAGAUCGUUUCAGACUAGAGACGUUUUUACGCUGUGGGGAAUCCUACAGCUACUACGGAGGUACCCGAGUCAAGUGCCUGACUUGGAGCUGAUGUUUGAUUGCUUGGAUAUUCCAGCCAUCAAGACAAGUGACUAUCAACGACCCAAUGCCUCGGACCCACCACCGCUGUUUCGGUACUGUGGUGAUGAUGACACACUGAAUAUUAUUUUUCCUGAUUGGUCCUUCUGGGGAUGGCCUGAGACGAAUAUAAAGCCAUGGGAAUCUUUGAUGACAGACCUAAAAGAAGGAAACAAGAGGAUGAGAUGGGCGGAUAGGGAACCUUAUGCUUACUGGAAGGGCAAUCCGACGGUUGCUGUAACAAGGGAAGACCUCCUCAAAUGUAAUGUCUCAGAAAAUAUGGAUUGGAAUGCUCGUUUAUAUGUUCAGGAUUGGAAGCGGGAAAAAGUGGAAGGGUACAAGCAGUCAGACUUGGGUAGCCAAUGCGAUCAUAGGUAUAAGAUAUAUAUUGAAGGCACUGCCUGGUCUGUGAGUGAAAAAUACAUUCUUGCUUGUGAUUCUGUUUCCUUAAUGGUAAAGCCCCAGUACUAUGAUUUCUUCACGAGAAGUUUGAAGCCACUGCACCACUACUGGCCUGUAAGGGAUGAUGACAAGUGCAGAUCCAUUAAGUUUGCUGUAGAUUGGGGCAAUGCCCACAAGAAAGAGGCACAAGAAAUUGGGAAAGCGGCAAGCGAAUUCAUUCAAGAGGAGUUGAAGAUGGAAUAUAUCUAUGAUUACAUGUUUCAUCUUCUAAAUCAGUAUGCUAAGCUCUUAACAUUUAAGCCAGUUAUACCUACAAAUGCUGUUGAGCUCUGUUCGGAGUCAAUGGCUUGCCUAUCACAAAGAUUAAUGUUGGAGAAGAAAUUUCUUAUGGAAUCCAUGGUAAAAGGUCCCGUGUACACCAGCCCAUGCACUAUGCCUCCGCCAUAUGAUCCUCCAUCUCUUCAUACAAUUCUGCAGACAAAGGAAGAUUUAAUAAAACAAGUGGAAUUAUGGGAGAAGAAGUUUUGGGAAAACCAAAAUGAGCAGGCUAAUUAGAACUUGUUGAAUUCUACAAUGUUUCGUAUUCGGUUACUGCUCAAAUUAGUUUUUUCAUCUAUAUUGUCCCAUUUAAUUUAUAUAUUGUCA